CCUCGGCCCUUUUCGGUUUAGGCUGUGGAUCUUGACCCGAGAACCAUUUUUCAACCCGACUAGCUCCGUUGCUCUUCGUUCCGAGGGUUACGGUCUCGGAAUCGCCACCCUUGCUCCUCCCCGCGCUCAGAUAUCAGUUUCAGACUCGAUUUGGGAGUUCUCGAGGAACAGACGACAGAUAAAGCUCCUUUCUUUUUCAAUAAAUUAUCCACCCAAUCCAAAAACCAGCCACAAAUUCAACCUCCACAACCCUAAUCCCCAUUCCCAAUUCUCCUUACGUGACAAGAUCCAAUCACUCCAAGUUUAGAUCUGGAUUGCGAUCCCUGUUCCGAGGGGCUGCAACUUUCUCGGGAAACAAACGGGUUUUCUGGAUUAGAUUGGGGGCUUCGGGUUUUCUGUUAUGUGUAGAGUAUCAUGGUGGGAUUUAAGAAUAGGUAUAUGGUAGUGGAGGUUAUCUUGGAUCCUAAUAGAGAACUGGUGAGAAAAGAUCCUGUUAUCAUUACCUCGUACAAUGUUAUGAAAGCUAUCCGAGACAGCAUUCUAGUAAAUUUUGGGGAGUGCGGUCUGGCUUCGUCACUUGGAUCAUUCCAAGUCAAGUAUGUUAAUGACAUUACGAGGCUGUGUAUCGUUAGAGCUUCAAGGGAUGAAUAUCAGCGAGUAUGGGCUGCAACUACAAUGGUCAGGAGUAUUGCAGAUUGCCCGGUUCUAUUUAAUUUGUUGGACCUAAUUGGAAGUAUCAAAGCUUGUAAAGAAACCGCAUUGAAGUGUGAUGAAUCAAAAUUUGAACAGCACAAGCUUGUUGUUGGAUCUAAUCUUUCGGCUCAAGAUACUCAAAAAAUGCAGUACUAUCUUGACAAGAUCAAAGGCCUCGAGCACUAAAUUUCUACCGCACCUAUGGAAUUUGGUGAGCCUGACAAGCUUCAUGUCCUGGUUCCAUCGGUACUUGAUGUCCAUUACUCUGCCGACUCUGUGGCUCGUGUGGAAUUCUAAAGGUUAGAAAAUCUCAAAAGAAAGGAAGCUUGCAGGAACUUCAAAAUUUUUAACUGUAAGUAGUUGCGAAAAGGGUAUGUAGAUGUAAAAUCAAGUUGUGGAUUAGGCAGAGGAAGUAUUUGAUUUGGCUAUCUAGUUAUUUCGGAAAUAUGUUUUGUCAGGUUUGUAUUGUUUACUAGUGAAGGGGGGAAGUUCGUGUAUCGCACAUACACGGUCAAACGCACGUACUCCCGGCGGUGUAUAAGAUACAUCGGAGGCUGGGAGCUACCUGAAUUUUCACAGUUUUGAUGACUAGCAAGUAAUAAAUUCCAUUGUGUCCAAAAA